AUGUCGAGCACCGACGGCGACGAUCAUGUCGCGUCAACACUCCAGGAAACAAUUGUCGACCUGGACCCCCGACCUAUCACCGUCGCAGUCAAUCCAGUAGCCCUGGUGGUGACAGAAUGCAUUACCGUCACGUCGGCGAUGCGAAAGCAUGCCCGCUGGGCACAUUCCUCAGUCGCGGCCAUACUGGGCAGCUCUUCCAACAAGACACCGGCUGUGCAACGACGCGACCGCACGGGACAGGGCAUCAUAAGCGCGGGAGAACAAGAGGAGGCUGUACCGAGCAGAUGGGGCCUGCGGGGAAAGAAGGGCAAGAGCAUGCAGGACAACCCUCUCAUGUCUGCCUUUGCGCGCCUGAGGAACGACCUGAAGGGCUGUAAAGACAUCCGGGCCUUCGAUACCCCCUCCAUGCUCCACCCCUUCCUACAAGUCAUCCGCUCCUCCUCCACCUCCGCGCCCAUCACCUCGCUCGCCCUCAUCGCUAUUACCAAAUUCCUGUCGUAUGGCAUCAUCGGUCAUGACUCUCCACGUCUACCAGAAGCUAUGCAGCAGCUCUCCUCCGCCAUUACACACUGCCGAUUCGAAGCCAGCGACUCGGCUGCCGACGAGAUCGUUCUCCUUCGUAUCCUCAGGCUUAUGGAAGUCAUGAUCUCAGGUCGCGGAGGAGAGGUACUGGGCGACGAGAGCGUAUGCGAGAUGAUGGAGACAGGCUUGAGCAUGUGCUGCCAGGCGAGACUGUCAGAGCUGCUCCGACGCUCGGCAGAGAUUGCCAUGGUUUCCAUGUGUCAGGUCAUAUUCCGCAGGCUGAAGACGCUGGAGAUUGAAUCGCCAGAGGAGCUGGACGCCAUGGACGAAGAGUUGGAAGGAAAGGACGAGCAAGAUGGUCUGAGAAUGGAUCCAACCGCAAACGGCGAGGGAGACUCUGCACAGCACAAGGUCGAGGCGCUGCAGCAGCCAAUCGAUCCUGAGAAGGGACAUGAAGACAACGACAGUACCGCGAACCCUGCGAGUAGUACUCUAGAUCUACCAGCAACCGCGGCGGAUGGGCAGCCACAAGCCCCUCUCGAGAUCAAGCCGUACUCAUUGCCGUCCAUAAGAGAGCUGUUCAGAGUAUUGGUUGAUCUGCUGGACCCUCACGACCGCCAACAUACCGACACCAUGCGCGUCAUGGCCUUGCGCAUCGUAGACGUUGCUCUUGAAGUCGCCGGGCCGUCGAUAGCGAGCCAUCCCAGUCUGGCCAAUCUGGCCAAGGACACCUUGUGCAGGCACAUCUUCCAGCUCGUCAGAUCAGACAAUAUGGCCAUCUUGAACGAGUCAUUGCGAGUUGCUGGUACGUUGCUGGCGACAUGCAGGAAUGUGCUCAAGCUGCAACAAGAGCUCUACCUCUCGUAUCUGGUCGCAUGCCUUUUCCCACGGGUUGAGAUACCCAUUGAGCCGGGUAUCGAACCUUCAUUAUACGAAGGAGUUCCAAGUGCGCCCAGUCUAAUCAAGCAGCCGCCGCAACAAAAGAGCAACUCAAGCGGUCGUUCAACUCCAGUGCCUGUCAAGGAUCGGCAAAAGCUGGGGCUGGAAGGAGGCGCCCGAAAGCCGGAUGCUCGAGAGGCCAUGGUGGAGAACUUGGGUGGCUUGGUUCGGAUACCUUCCUACAUGGCAGAACUUUUUGUCAACUACGACUGUGAGAUUGACCGUGGAGAUGUCUGCAUGGACAUUGUUGGACUUCUCUCCAGAAACGCGUUCCCAGACUCUGCAACAUGGAGUACUGUCAAUGUACCUCCACUGUGUUUGGACGCACUGCUUGGCUUCGUGCAAUCUAUGGCAGAUCGCCUCGACGACGAGCCUGUGACUGAAGGCUAUCCAAGCGUUGAGUCACUCCGCGAGCAGCGGGCGCGCAAGGCGGUCAUCAUCCGUGGUGCCACUAAAUUCAACGAAAAGCCCAAGGCUGGUAUCGCCUAUCUGGCACAACAGGGAAUCAUCCGAGACCCAGAUGAUCCUAAAUGCAUCGCCGAGUUCGUCAAAGGUACUACGAGAGUCGAUAAGAAAGUAUUGGGCGAGUUCAUCUCGAAGAGGGGAAACGAGGCGCUCUUGAGCGAGUUCAUCAACUUGUUCGACUUCAAAGGACAGCGGAUAGAUGAAGCGCUUCGACAGCUCCUGCACGCCUUCCGUCUCCCUGGCGAAUCGGCCCUGAUCGAGCGAAUCCUGACAGAAUUCUCUGAGACGUACUUCAACAUGGUCAAGCCUGAGGGGAUUGCCAACGGCGAUGCCAUUUAUAUCCUCACAUACGCCGUCAUUAUGCUGAACACCGAUCAACACAACCCCAACUUGAAGACGAAACGAAUGCAGUUGGAAGAUUUCACCAAGAACGUUCGAGGUGUUAACAAUGGCAAGGACUUUGAACCUGAGUUCUUGCAAGGAAUCUAUGAUUCCAUCAAGAAUCGCGAGAUUAUCCUACCCGAGGAGCACAGCGAUCGAAAUGCAUACGACCACGCGUGGAAAGAGCUGCUAGUCAAGUGCCAGUCGACGUCCGACAUCGUCAUCUGCGACACCAACAUCUUCGAUGCGGACAUGUUCGCUGCCACAUGGAAGCCGAUCAUAGCAACCCUAUCCUACGUGUUCAUGUCUGCUACUGACGAUGCGGUCUUUUCCCGCGUUGUGCAGGGCUUUGACCAAUGCGCUCAAAUCGCUGCCAAGUACGGCCUUACUGAGGCUCUCGACCGUAUCAUCUCGUGCUUGUCGUACAUCAGCACAUUGGCGCCCGAUGUGCCACCAAGCACAUCGCUCAACACCGAGGUGCAAGCCGACAAGAAGAGCGUCAUGGUCAGCGAGACUGCUGUGCGAUUCGGUCGUGACGGUAGGGCGCAGCUAGCGACCGUAGUUUUGUUCCAGGUCAUCAAGGGUAACGAAGCAUCAAUAAGAGAUGGGUGGCAACAUCUUAUUCGCAUCAUGGUGAACUUGUUCGUCAACUCGCUGAUACCACCCUACUUCCUUUCUUUCCAGAAGACGCUCGCUCUAGCACCCAUACCACUUCAGAACCCAGCACAAGUCAUCGACCGUGCAGAGCGUCCAGCAGACACUGGCAUCUUCUCGGCCCUGACAUCAUAUGUGUCGAGCUUUGCCAAUGACGAGCCUCCGGAGCCAUCAGACCAAGAGAUUGAGUACACACUUUGUACUGUGGAUACUGUCAAGGAAUGUCACUUCGAAGAUAUCCUUGCGAACAUCAGCCAGCUGCCAGUGGAGUCUCUGCGGUCACUUCUGUCAUCUCUACUUGAGCAUCUACCCGAAGAUGGCUCACCUAGAGUCAUCGUUGUGAAACCGGAGAUACCCGGCGCAAGUCCGCGAACGACCGGUCCUAGACAGAAGGGUAAAGGCCCACUUUACGAUCCAAGUCUUGUCUUCGUCCUUGAGCUGGCGACUGUCCUAGCGCUUAGGGAUGAAGAGACUGUCAAGGAGCUUGCAAAGGAUGUAACAGAUGCUUUGGCGUCUGUCAUCCGCGACGCGCCUAAGCAUCACUAUGUGGUCAUUGCACGAUCGGUAUACUAUCUUCUGAGUCUGCUCAAAGCCAGCAAUGACUAUGACUUCAUCCGUGCGCCAGUCCUUAUGCACACGUUCUCCAGCUUCAAUGAUGCUCUGCUACACGAGUGCGCACAACCGAUUCUGAAGGGUCUGACAGACUGCUGCAAGGGUCCGAACGCUCUUCGCAGCGAACUUGCAGGAUCACCAGACUUCUGGACCAUUCUCAGCAGACUUUCAGGAGUGCCCGAUGCUGCUGGGGAUGUAUUCCAGCUCGUCGAAGACCUUACCACUUCGCCUCAACCUGGCAUUACUGCUGAUAACUACGAGGCUGCGAUUGCGCUUCUCAAUGAGUUCGCAACUGCAGCUCAAGUUGGAGCUCGAGAAGAGCAGUUGCAUGAUCAGGCUGCACGACGCAACAAGGGUCAGAAGCCUAAGAAGCUUGAGAGCAACGAAGUUGUCGUACGCGGCAGCACUGCUAUGAGCAUUGUCUUCCAACUUUCCAGCAGGGUGCCAAACUUUAUCGAACAGUCUCACCUUGAGACUACUGAAGCAUGGACCGCGUACUGGUCUCCUAUUCUCAAGACCCUCGCGCAUCAAUGCCUCAACCCUUGCCGCUCCCUACGCCAGCAAGCCUUCUCCUCACUUCAACGAACCCUUCUUUCCAACGACCUCGCCUCCCCCGAGCACCGAGAAUGGACCGCGAUCUUCAGCGAAGUCCUCAUACCCCUCAUCACCCAGCUGCUCAAACCAGAAGUCUACCAAUCUGAUCCACUGGGCAUGAGCGAGACUAGGAUCAGGGCCGCCACACUUCUGAGCAAGGUCUUCCUGCACUACCUAGUGCUGCUUGACGGCCUCUCAGGCGAAGAGAAUGAAGAAGGAGAAAAGAGCCUGUCUUUCGAAGACUUGUGGAUCACAAUAGUCGGCCUCAUGGAUCGCUUGGGCAAUAGCGGACAAGGCGACAUGGACGAAGCCGUUGCCGAGAACCUCAAAAACAUGCUUUUGGUUCUCAGCAAUGGCGGGUACCUUGCACCACCGGACGAAAACCCCAAACGAGAGGAACUUUGGCACGAGACGUGGAAGCGCAUCAACCGCUUCCAACCCAACCUCUUCGCUGAGCUGUUCCCAGAAGAAGCUGGAAAGCCUGCGAGACCGCGACCGAGUAAGGAUGAGCGGGCGGCGAAGGCUGAGCCGGUGAUCGAUGGCAGAGAAAUGGAUGUCGCUGAGAGGAAGAAGGGAGGUAGCAGUAGUGGCGAGACUGCGGAUGGUAGUGAGGACGGAGAGGAGGAGAAGGAGAAGGUGGCUGAGAAGGAAGGCUAG